AUGGCAGGGCGAGGCAGAAGUGCUGGACGCGGCGGCAGUGCCGCGGGUGACGAAGCGAGUCCCACUCGGGUGAGGGUGAGCGAGGUGGUGCUCGGUGCCACCCAGAAGCCGCCCGAAUAUGGGAAGACGCUGUCCGCUGCUGCAUCGAGGCGGUUUCUGCUUCGGUACGCGGAGUAUAAGCGCGUGGUGGUCUACUUUGAUCGCAAGAAAAACCUGGCGGAGGCAGAGCUGCUGGAAGGUCUGUCGAUUAACGCCGAAAUUUCGAGAGAGGCAUUGGUUAAGCCAGUCGAGGCGAAGGCGGGUGUGACCCGCGCGGCUACCAUGAAGCCGGGCGUCUCGGUGCUGGAACGAGUGUAUGCUGUUCAUAGCGCGUUGGAAUACUACCUGGCGGAGAAGCCGAAUGUGGCGCGGCUGUACCACCACGCCGACGACGAAUGGCUCGAGGAGUUGGCGAACGUAGUCAGCAAGGCUCUCAUGAAGGAUCCUGGAUGUGUCUUAGCUGUCAUGGUCAAGGAGGCAACUGGAUGGAAGAAGAUAGAGAAGGUCGACGCGGAGCGUAAAGCCCGUGGCGGAGGUCGUGCUGCUGGUGAGAAGUUUAACAAGGCUGCCCGUGGUGGUGCGUCUGGCAAGCCAAGGGGACAGCGUUCCGGCGGUGGGCAAGGUGGAAAGUCCGGCUCUUCUGGGAACUGCUGGAUAUGCGACAAGCCAGGCCAUGUCGCUCGACACUGCAAGAAGGCCUCGUCUGAGAAGUCUGGGGGCAAGCCUGCGCCGGCGGCGGCUGGGUCUGAAAAGUCACCAGCGCGACCUCAUCAGCAGCAGCAGGCGAGUCCGCAGCGAGAAGGUCAGCAGCCGGGAUCAAUCGUCCAAGGUAGGGCCGCUUUCCGGAGGAGCAGUAGCAAGGUGGGGGCGAUGGCGUGGCAGCGUCACUUCCCCCGCUGCCUGUUCCCGUUCAAGGAACUACUGCGUCGCCUGACGCUACUACGGUUCCAGCGUGGCGGUCCCAGACCAUGGAUGGCGUCUCGAGCCUGCACGCCGAAGGAGUCGACGUGGAUCGCACUGGCGCUGCAGCACCACAACGAAAAAGAACCGAUGGACGUUCAUGAUGAAGCGGUGACUCGGGCGUUGUCUCGAGGACCCAACAUGUCUGUGCCCCCGGAAGAAGAGGAGGUCCAGCGCAAGGUGGAGCCACUGAAGAUGACUCUCAAGCCUGGCGUGCAACAUGUCCAGGAGAAGGCGCGUGUUUACUCCCCCGCAAAAGCUACGUGGCUGUCUGGAUGCAUGGCGGCUCUGGUUGCCAUGGGUAUGGUCGUGAAGACUAUUCAGGCGGUGUGGGCGAGCCCGGCCAUGACGGUGCCCAAGCCAGGCCGUGUGGGCCGUGAGGGUGAGUAUCGUCUUGGUAAUGACUACUUGCGCGCGAAUCUGCAAUGCGAAAAGGUGCCAAUCGUCGUGCCCAGCCAGGAGGUGCAGGUGUCCAUGUUACAGGGCGCGACGUGCUUCGGGAAACUUGAUCUGUUGCAAGGGUACUGGCAGAUGCCGUUAGCGGAGAGCGCGCGUGAAAUAUUUUCCAUCGCCACACCGGAAGGGCUAUUCGAGCCUACACGCGUCCCGCAAGAUGUGCUAAACGCGACGGGAUACUUUCAAGCAGUGAUGACGGAAAUUCUGCAAGGAUUAAACUGCGCGGUCUGGGUCGAUGACGAUAUUUGGUGGGGUAUCGACGAGACUGAUCUGCUGAACACUCUGGACGAGAUACUUUGGCGUCUACAAGACAAUGGUAUUUUCGCCGCUGCGCACAAGUGUCCUUUCUUUGACACGAAGAUCAGGUGGUGUGGCAAGGUAUACUCUGGUGGACAGGUGGCCAGCGAUCCUGAGCGUCUUCAAGGAUUGACCGACAUGCGGAGGCCUGAGACGGCGGGAAAACUGAUGCAAUUUUUGCAAGCGGUAAAAUGGUUGCGAACAUCGUUGUCGCGGCUGGCGGAGGUGAUGGAACCUGUCCGAACCUUGCUGGAGGUGAACAUGGCGUCGGCACCACGUCAAACGAAAAGUAUUGCGCCUAAUCGUGCGAUUAAGUGCGAGGCGUGGACGGCCGGCAUGGUUGAGGCGUGGAUAUCGGCACAGGAUUUGGUGGCACAUGCGGUGGCGUUGUCACAUCCGAAGGAUGGUUUUGCUGUGCUGAUGUUUCCCGAUGCGUCUGAAGAGCAUUGGGGUAGUUUCUUGACGCAGGUGCCGCAGGAAGAGCUGGAGCGCGGAGUGUCCGUGGAACAUAUGACCCACGAGCCGCUCGCCUUCCUCAGUGUGAAGGUUAGGGCUGUGGCUGGGUUUGCGCCCAGCAAACCUGACGACACGAUGCCGUCGAAAGAGGUUAUUCGUCGAGUUCAGCACAGUGCGCGCGAACAAGUCAGACCUAGGGCGCAUGGAGCGGAGGUUUUCAUGGCGCCGCAUGGAAAGGCCGUAAAGGAUGGCGAAGGAAUUUUUCGAAUCAAGGUGAAGGGGCGCGUGGUCAUGUGGAUUCCUGAAGAUGCCAAAGAACUAAAACAACGUCUGAUGGUCUGUGCUCAUAUGCAAGGCGCGGGACAUCGGGACGUGCUAGAUGACGAAGGGCUCAAACGAAAGGCGGUCCCAAACAAGAGUGAUUUUACAAGGGAUGGAGGAACGAAAAGCAUCGGCGGCAACGGCGAGCGCGCCGAUGAGUUGCGGCAGCGGAAGCUCCAGCAUGUAUGCGGGGCCGAUGCAACAACAGCAGCAGUAAAGUAUGGGUUGCACUCGCGAUUGGAGGAAUGUCGAUGCGGCUGGUGGGUUUUAUGUCGGCAUGAGCCGAGGAGAUUUCACGGGCCUCCUCAGUACGAUCGGUGCGGACGUUCUGGACACGUAAGCAUCAAUUGCCUGGCACCAAACCACGAAAUGAUCCACUGGAAGUACAACCGACCUGGACCGUUUCAGCAUCAGCGGAGGAACGGCGAGUUUGGCGGCGGGUGGACAGCGUCGUCCCUGGUCGCCGCGUUGGCGCCGGGUGCUCAGACGGACGCAGCGGCGAUGGCGGCGGCGUCGGUGACGGGGGGAACGGCAGCGGCAGCAGCAGCUGCGGCGUCCCCGGUCGCCGCGUUGGCGUCGGGUAUCCAGACGGCCGCAGCGGCGGCGGUAGCGACAUCGGUGACGGAGANCAACGUAAACACACACUCCAUAACUCGCUCUCCCGAGCGGCCCGCAACAUCACCUGCAGUAGUGCGGCAACGCGAUGAGCUGGAUCUCAUGGAGGGCGGAUACAGCAGUAGACGUGUAGCGGAGGAACACAUGCUUGGAUCAUAUCAUGUUGUAGUUUCGCCGUCCGCGGAAUCACAACAACCCAAGCAUUCGUCGGAAGCGGCAGCAGCAGCAGCGUCGUCCCUGGUCGCCGCGUUGGCGCCGGGUGCUCAGACGGACGCAGCGGCGAUGGCGGCGGCGUCGGUGACGGGGGGAACGGCAGCGGCAGCAGCAGCUGCGGCGUCCCCGGUCGCCGCGUUGGCGUCGGGUAUCCAGACGGCCGCAGCGGCGGCGGUAGCGACAUCGGUGACGGAGAUAUGUGACGAAGAGUUGGAGAAAGCGGUUGGUGCGACAACGACGCCGUUGCCAGUCCUCAGCGAGGACAGCGGCGGCGAUGGGAGCGGGGACGAGGGGUUGGAUGACAUGUGGAGUGGAGCCCCGACGCACCCUUUCGACCCCGGGAAGGCUGAGGGGGACGUGAGCAGCAACAACAGCAGCAGCGAGGAAAGCGGCGGUGAUGGGAGCGGGGAUGAGGGAUUGGAUGAAACCUGGAGUGGAGCCCCGACGCACCCUUUCGACCCCGGGAAGGCUGAGGGGGACGUGAGCAGCAACAACAGCAGCAGCGAGGAAAGCGGCGGUGAUGGGAGCGGGGAUGAGGGAUUGGAUGAAACCUGGAGUGGAGCCCCGACGCACCCUUUCGACCCCGGGAAGGCUGAGGGGGACGUGAGCAGCAACAACAGCAGCAGCGAGGAAAGCGGCGGUGAUGGGAGCGGGGAUGAGGGAUUGGAUGAAACCUGGAGUGGAGCCCCGACGCACCCCUUCGACCCCGGUAAGACAUCUUCGUGUGGCGCGAGGAGACGGGGGGCGGUACCAGGGGUGGUGUACCCCUUCGAUAGGGGCAGGAAAGGGAGUGGCAGCUCCGGCGGCGACACCGGCGGCAGCAGGAGCAGCGACGGGAGUGGUGGCUUCGGCCAGAGCUACGACGGCAGCAGCAGACGGCAGCGGCGGCUUCGGCCAGAGCCCCGUCGGCGGAAGCGGCGACAACGGCGGCGGUGGUAGAGGCGGCAGCAGCGACGUCACCAGCAGCCGUGUUGGCGGUUGAACUCAUGACGGUCGUGGCGGCGGGGGAGCGGCAACGGCGGCGAUGGCAAGCGGCGGCAGCAGUGGUGGCGCCCUCGAGUCGACCGGGAACGGGGAAGACACGGUGACAGCGACGACCUCACCUUGUUACAGCCAUGUGGGAGAACAUGUGAAACGUUUACGAGUCUGUUCGUUUAUUUGUGAGCAGACAUGGACGUUUUAGCUUCGCCAUUUGGCUUCGCAUUUGUAUUUUUAGUUCUGUUUUUCCCUUACUAGCGCACCGUGGCAUUGAUGCAGACAACACGUGUGUGCCACAGCCUCACGUGGGUAUAUAUUGUUCCUUGGUUCUUGGUAUAUUUUCAGUCGCGUUUCACCUUGCAGCUGAAUGCUUCAUAUUAUUUCCGUACUAUAUGGAGGGAAGUUGGCCGCGCUCACGAAAUGGGAUGAUAGCGCGUUGUUUGACACGCAUGAAGGCAUACCGCUCAGGGAACAGGGGGCCUUUUGGAGUUUCAGUCGAAAAAAAAACAACUGUUUGCAUACGGUACGAACUUUUUCUGGAGUUUGAUGCCAUGUAUGUGUGUUACGUGUUUUCAUGUUUGUGGUUUGUACGCGGCGCAACCACGCUGCUGUGCACUCGCCAAAGACACCAAGCGCGAGAACGCGCCCACCACAGCAUCAAUCGCCAUAAAUAUUUGAUGGAAAACGGACUGAGCGCCAGAUAAUAGAUUGCAUAAGAAUUCAACUUGAUUGAUGCAGAGGAUCGAGAGGUAGGCACGAAUGAAGUUGAAAACUUGCGUUCGCAUACAGGCACCGUGCUUAUGCCCUGAUACAGUGCCGGCAACACCGAGCAUUCAUUAUGUCAACUGCUGAUCUUGUGGUUGUAUAACACUUAGAAUUGUGCUGCAAUACCAACCAUAGGUGGAGUACUCUUGAUUGGCGUCAGCUAGGUUUGAACUGAAAUUGCUGUUGGUGGUGCCCCUCUGUUGUUGCACCGCACACGCUUGUGCCUGUUGGAGUCGGGACCCUCACCUAGCAGUGCACAACUCUCCUGAUUCCCGAAGGAAAAAAUGCAAGAAUGGUCGAAUAGCGACAGUAGCACGGCACCUACAGUAACAAUGAGUUUGGCCACUGAUAACGUCGUGCUAUGGGGUGUCGCAUGCAGGCACGGCCGGCAUAUAUAUGUAAACAUUGAAGUACUGUCUCGAUGUACAUGAGGACGCCCUGAGCAUUGGGUGUGGCGAAAACGCCGGAAAUACUUACACGCGACCACCGCACACAAUACCGGGCCAACGCACACAGCACCCCAAUAAUAGGUAUCCGGCAGUCUGCGGAAAAAACGCGGAGAACAAAAUACCAUACCAAUAAACAACGGACACCCGGCUUGGCCGAAGAAUAAUAUCCCCCCCCC